AUGCGCGGCCCCCGCGCCCGCCGCCGCGCAGCCCCAGGCGCCGCGCAGCCCCCGGCCGAGCGCUCCGCUCCGCGCCGCGCAGCCGCCGGGCCGGGCGGGCCCCGCGGGAGGGCGCCGGCUGCGAGCGGCCGCUGGGUCCCGCUUCCCUCCUUCCUCUCCCUCCUCCUCCUUCUGUCUGCGCUUUCCACCGCUCCCAAGCGAGCGCAGCCUCGGAUGUCCGGUUUCCUGGUGGGUUUUUUACCUGGCAAAGUCCGGAUAACUUCGGUGAGAAUUUGCAAAGAGGCUGGGAAAGCUGGGAGCUCCCGCAGGCGUCUGGGAGCUGCUGCUGCCGCCGCAUCUUCUCCAUCCCGCGGAUUUUACUGCCUUGGAUAUUGCGAGGGGAGGGAGGGGGGUGAGGACAGCGAAAGAAGAGGGGAGGGGGAGAAAAGGAAAAGAAGGAGCCUCGGAAUUGUGCCCGCAUUCCUGCGGCUGCCCCGCGGCCCCGCUCCGCCCUGCCAUCUCCGCACAAUGCACUUGCUGGAGAUGCUCUCCCUGGGCUGCUGCCUCGCUGCUGGCGCCGUGCUCCUGGGACCCCGGCAGCUGCCCGUCGCCGCCGCCUACGAGUCCGGGCACGGCUACUAUGAGGAGGAGCCCGGUGUCGGGGAGCCCAAGGCUCAUGCAAGCAAAGACCUGGAAGAGCAGUUGCGAUCUGUGUCCAGUGUGGAUGAACUCAUGACAGUACUUUACCCAGAAUACUGGAAAAUGUUCAAAUGUCAGUUGAGGAAAGGAGGUUGGCAACACAACAGGGAACACUCCAGCUCUGACACAAGAUCAGAUGAUUCAUUGAAAUUUGCCGCAGCACAUUAUAAUGCAGAGAUCCUGAAAAGUAUUGAUACUGAAUGGAGAAAAACUCAGUGCAUGCCACGUGAAGUGUGUGUGGAUGUGGGGAAAGAGUUUGGAGCAACUACAAACACCUUCUUUAAACCCCCGUGUGUAUCCAUCUACAGAUGUGGAGGUUGCUGCAAUAGUGAAGGACUCCAGUGUAUGAAUAUCAGCACAAAUUACAUCAGCAAGACAUUAUUUGAGAUUACAGUGCCUCUCUCUCAUGGCCCCAAACCCGUAACUGUCAGUUUUGCCAAUCACACGUCCUGCCGAUGCAUGUCUAAGUUGGAUGUUUACAGACAAGUUCAUUCUAUCAUAAGACGUUCCUUGCCAGCAACACAAACCCAGUGCCACGUGGCAAACAGGACCUGUCCAAAAAAUCAUGUCUGGAAUAAUCAAAUUUGCAGAUGCUUAGCACAGCAAGAUUUUGGUUUCUCUACUCACCUUGGAGAUUCUGACACGUCUGAAGGAUUCCAUAUUUGUGGGCCCAACAAAGAGCUGGAUGAAGAAACCUGUCAAUGCGUCUGCAAAGGAGGUGUGCGGCCCUCAAGCUGUGGCCCUCACAAAGAAUUAGACAGGGCAUCAUGUCAAUGCAUGUGCAAAAACAAACUGCUCCCCGCUUCCUGUGGGCCCAACAAAGAAUUUGAUGAAGAAAAGUGCCAAUGUGUAUGUAAAAAGACCUGUCCCAAACAUCAGCCACUAAAUCCUGCAAAAUGCAUCUGCGAAUGUAUAGAAUCUCCCAAUAAAUGUUUCUUAAAAGGAAAAAGAUUUCAUCACCAGACGUGCAGUUGUUACAGACCGCCAUGUACAGUCCGAACGAAACGCUGUGAUGCUGGAUUUUAUUUCAGUGAAGAAGUGUGCCGCUGUGUACCCACAUAUUGGAAAAGACCUCUUAUGAAUUAGUGAAGAAAGCUACUUGCUAUUUUGGUGUACAUUUUUUCCAUUAGAACAAAAGAACAACAGAAACUUUGCAAAUACUUGGAAUUUAAUGUUCACCAGAGACCCUGUGGGGCUUUCACAGACAAAUACAUUGUGCUUUUCUCAAGAUGUGGAAAGCAAAUGUAGAAAAUAACUGGGGUUCAUGUUUUAUAAAGAACUCAGUAAGGACUUAUUUUCUGCCAAUGACCAAACAGCCUAGGUUCUACUUCUUGUGAUUUUUUUUAAAGAGAUAAUGACUAUAUAAUUUAUUUCCACUAAAACCAUUGUGCAGCAUUUGUUUAUAGCAGUAACAAUUGUUAAAGCUCACUGUGAUCAAUAUUUUUAUAUCAUGCAAAGUAUGUUUAAAAUAAAAUGGAAAUUGUAUUAUAUAA